UAUACAAAACGUAAUGUCGGAUAUUCUGUGUCAGUGGAUUAACUCGGAGCUUCGGUUAUCAAAGCCCGUGGAUCCGAGCUCAUUUGCAAGAGAUUUUUCCAGUGGGUAUCUGAUCGGCAAACUCCUUCAGAAGUAUCAGCUUCAAGAUGACUUCGACCAAUUUUCCAAGAGCAGCACGGCGAAUUCCAGACUGAACAACUUUACCCGCCUGGAGCCCACGUUACAGCUGCUGGGGGUUUCCUUUGACCUGGGCAUGGCCCAGGCGGUGAUGCAGGAAAGGCAGGGGGCGGCCACCCGGCUGCUCUACCAGCUGUACAUCGUGCUUCAGAAGAAGAGGCGGCUGGGGCUGACGGGCACCGCCAUGGAGACCCUGCAGCCCGCAGCCACCGCCCUCUUAAAUCGCGUGGAGAACGACAUCUUCACCGAACGCCUGAGGACCGUGGUCAAGCGGGAGGCAGACGUGAAGCUGCAGAAGAUCUCUCACACGUUCGAACUGAGGGGGCAAGAGAUGUACAGGAGGUCUGUCAUGGUACAGAAUGAGAGCGAACGGAAACGGCAGAGGAUCCAGGAGAAAAUGCGUCUUCAGGACAUUGAGAAGCACCGCCUGGCCUGCAGGAAGCAGCUUGAGAUCAUGACCCGGAUACAAAGUGCUAUUGUCCAAAUCCCCAAGCCCCCACCCAACCGCACUCUGAAGGCCCUAGAGCGCCAGCGGCUCUACCGGAAGCAGCAGGAAGCUCAGGAUGUUUACAGGGAGAUUGCCCAGUUUGAGAAGAACAAGAAGAGGCUGUCACCUGCAGUCUGUGGCACUUUCUCUUACAGUGCCUUGCAAGAGCUCUCUCAUAGUGAGGCUCUCAGCAGCAAGCCAAGCAGGACCUUGGGGCCCAACAACGUAGCAGCCCUAGAGCAGAGAGCCAAGCGGCGGCGGCGAUUCCUCGCGGAUCAGCUGAAGGCCCACAAGGAGCAGCAGGAGCGGAUCCUGGAGGACCAGCUGGUGGAGCGCCUGACCCGGCAGACGCAGCAAGAGAAGCGCCUGGCGGUGCAGCUCAUCCAGAUUCAGCAGCAGAAGGAGGUGCUGCGGCAGAACCGCAUCUUCUGCGAGAGGCAGUACCAGGAGCAGCAGCAGCGGGACUUUGAGGAGGCGCUGGACAGGGACGCGGCACUAGCGCAGCAGGCUCAGCGGGAGCACGCGGAGGACAUCCGCAAGCAGAACGAGCUGCACGACCGCAUCGCGGCCAAGCGGGCCGAGGCGCGCUACCGAAAGCACUUCGACUUCUGCACAGGGGUUCUGGAGCAGAUAGUGGACUUGGCCACCAAGGCAGGGGAGUACCGCCUCCUCACUGGCAAUCUGAUCCCAGGCAAAUUGAUGCGGGAGUGGAAGGAGCUGCUGUUCAGUGGGAAGCCCCUGUACGAGGGAGCAGCUGUGGAGCCAGUGCCUGCCGACCCAACCCCAGACCAGCUCAUCGAGAUGGAGAAGCUGGAGAUCCUCAACAACCAGGACUAUGAUGAAUACAGCAGAAUGACGGGCGAGUGGGCGUGGCCGGAGGAAGGGCAGGCGAAGCAGCCACCCCCCAACAACAACAUCCUGGGUCACGUGGUGCGUCGGCUGCGGGACAUCACAAAUCCACCUGCGUCUGACCCCCCUCUGCCCACCUUUGCUCGCUUCACCCUGAAGGCCUGUGUCCUGGGGAAGACCUUCUCUGGAAAGACCGCCUGCCUGGCCAAGAUCGCCCGAGCCCAUGGCGUCUACAUCCUGUCAACGGGUACCCUGAUCCAGGAGGCUGUACACGCCUUCCAGAUUGGGGAAGAGACCGCAGAUGAGGCCGGGAAAGAGAACAAGCAUGGAGCUGCUGUGGAGAAGAUUCUCAGGAAGGGCCAAGCCAUUCCAGAUGACCUGUUGGUGGACAUCAUUGUGGAGGCCAUCAGACAGGUUCCUGCGGAGUCCGGCUGGAUUCUGGAUGGGUUCCCUGUGAACCUCACACAGGCCAAGCUGCUGGAGAAGGCCCUGAGUGGGGCUGACCCGGACAAAACUGACAGACAGAGGGACCGGAGGAAGUCCAGCCUGGCCCUGGAUGUGAACGCCCCGAAAGAGCCGCCACCUCCUGCGCCUGCUUUGGACCUGGCUCUGCUGCUGGAUGUGUCCGACAGCCUGGUGCUGGACCGCGCCGCUAAGCAGGCCCUUGAGGAGGAGAGCUUUGGGCAGGUGAAGGAGGAUACCUGCCCACCUGAUGGGGAGGAGCCUCCUAUAGGACAGGGUGCCCAAGACCAAUCCCUCCCACCUCGGGACAAGAGCCUGGAGAAAAGACAGAUUCAGCACAGGAUCAUGGCCUUCCAUGACACCUGGCCCAAGCUGGAGAAGUGGUUCUCUGGGAGGCAGAACAUCCUGGUGAGGGUGAACGCAGAGGCGGAGGACGAUGUGCUCUUCAACAGGGUGGAGGCAGUCCUGCAGCAGGUCAUGGUGCAGCGGGCGGAGAAAGGUGAGGACGUUGUGAAUGACAGAGAGAAGCCUGCAUGCUCCACGCCUCCUGCACCAGCCGCCCUAUCACGUGCCCCGGUUCUGGUUCCGGUCCCGGUCGCUCCCCCUGCCCCCACGGAAUCGAAGCCCACCAUUACUCUGGAGGGGCCCGCCCCAAAGUGCUCGAGGUCCAAGUCCAACUCCCGCUCCCCCAAAGGGUCACGGAGUCGUACAGCCUCAGCCAAGGAAGGCAAGGGGAAAACGCCAGAAACACCAGAGGGAAAGGAAUCCCAGCGCAGACGGUCCAAGUCUGGCUCUGGAGGCGGCCACGCUCGUUCUGGGAGAGCGUCUAUGUCAUCGUCCUCCGAGGACCCCCGGGUGGAGGAAUCUGCCCCGUCGGAGGGCCUCCUCCCCGCCCCUGCAAAUUGGGUGUACGUGGAUGAGCCGCUGCCCAAGGAGAUCCCAGAAUACCUUGCUCCUUACUGGGAGAAUGUGUGCAGCUCCUAUGUCGCCAACAUCAAGACCGUGAUGCAGAACCUCCGCACUGAGCGCAACCUGAUCAUUAGUCACCUGUACAACAUCAGGGAGGACUUCAAGCAGUACCUGAAGCGACCCGACCACAAGCAGGAGUUUGUGUCUCAGUGGCAGCAGGAUUACAACGCGGUCCCAGAGGACAUUCGGGAUGACGUGGAAACCAAGGCAGAGCUGCACCAGCGCUUGGACGACCUGCGGGAGCGCCUCUGGGACAUCUGCGACAGGCGGAGGGAAGAGGCGGAGCAGGAGCGCACCGGGGUCGUGGGGGACGGCUGGCUGCAAGACCACACCGCUGUGCUCGUCAAUCACUUCUCUUCGCUCAUGCAGGUGGAGGUGGACAGGUUCCAAGACUCGCUGUAUGUGCUUCGGGAUUACUAUAAAGGCAUGUCUGGAAAAGGGCUUCCGAAGGCUAGAACAGAGUUUGUUCGAAUCCCCCUGGUGGAUGUCACAGAGGAGGAGGGAAACCAGCCAGACAAGAUCAAGAGCUCAGAGAGAACCGUCAGGAGCCCUGGGAAAGGGGAAGAUGAUGAAGAGGAAAAGAAGACUAGAAUCUUCCCCCUGAUCCCGAGGAGACCCCCCUCUGCGGAGGCGCCAGCAAAGGAGCUGAAGGAGAGCCCGGCAGAGCUGUCACUGGACGACGGGCUGGUGUGCAACAUCUGGCAGACAGCCAUGACAGCCAUCAACAACAUGGUAUCGGUGGAGGUGCAGCAGCGUGAGGGGGAGGAGACUGAGGAGCAGCUGCAGGAGAGGGAGCGCAUACAGAGAGCGUCCCAGGCCUCUGCCACCGCCAACUCCGCCAGAGACAAGAAGAAGGCCAGCAAGAAGAAAGGUGGCCCCUCUCCCAUACAGGAGCCCAGCACCCCCCCUCCAGUGGAAGAGGAUUUCGAGGAGGUUCAGAGGAAGGCAGUGAGGGCCAAGAUCAGGCAGGAGUAUGCUGCAGCACUUGACCAUGAAGUGUACACGGUGACACUGCGGCUGAAGCUGAUCAAAGCACGAGCGCUGUCUGUGGUGCAGAGCCUCCAGCGGCAGACAGACCAGGCCUACUGGGAGAUGGAGGAGUGGCUCGGGGAACGCUUCCUGGCAGAAAUGACCAGCAUUGACCAGCUGGCGGAGGUAGCAAGGCAUCACAUUGAGCUGGCCGCUAAGAUUCAGCACGAGCUGGUGAUGGCAGGCACAGACUUCUUCCUCAAUGGGGAUAUUCGUGUGGUGCCCAUGCCGGAGCCAGCCCCUCGCCCACCUCCCCUGGAGCAGCCUGUGGGCAGCACUCUCACCGUUCUGCAGCUGGAGGCCUUUUAUGCGCAGUUUCAUGAGGUCGCGCCCACAGGUGUAAUGUCCAGUCAGAAGCUUGCAGAGAUUCUGAAGCUUGUCUCUCUUGACAUGGGGAGCAAUGCCUUACCUGACCCCUGGAUGCGUCUCUCCGAAGCUCAGAUCCUAGACAUGAUAUCAGCUGUGAGCCCUGGCUCAGAGGUUCUGCACUGGAGGCUCUUCCUGCUGAGCGCCGCUCUGCCAUGGCCAGUCCCCUCUCAGCACCAGCUGCUGCAGGUUCUGGUCCGUUUCAAAGCUGCAGACCCCAUGGAAACAGGCUUUAUCACAGAGGAUCAGUAUCUGCAGACGGAGCUGUGGUUCCCCUGUGAGAUGAACCUGUCUGUUCCAGACGACCCAUCUGAACCACUGCCUUACAGCCGUUUGAGCUACCUUAGGAAGUUUUUCUUCACUCUGUUUGCGGAUCAUGAGGCUACUGCACCCCGACUCGAUUACAUGAGAAUGCUACUGUACUUCGCCUCGCACCCCGACCCCAUCCAGGGGUUCGUCCGAGCCCUGAGCGUCAUCACGGAACAGCCCCUUCAAUACUAUCCCAGCAGUUCCCUGCUACUGAAGUCUGUUCCAUACAUCGAGGAAUCUGCCUCCACUGAGACAGAGGAGGAGCCGGAGAUCACAGGGGCAGAGGAGAGGGAGGGGGUGUCCAUACCCGCCCUCCUCAGAGUCAUCUGUCACGGAGGGACAUGGGCAACAGAGAGCUGCCACCGCUUUCACCCACACAGGAAGAGCAGGGAGGAGUACGAGGAGGAUCUGAAGAAGAUCUACACAGAUCUGGGAUUCAAGGCAGAGGAGAAAAUCCCCUUUGGGAUCCUGUCCCAGCACCCUCUCCUCCAGGAGCUGAUGGAUUCCACCUCACAGUACCAGCUUACUCUCCUGCAUAUUUCUGAGGUUCGCGGUCUGGCCAAAACAGACGAUCUCCAUGUGCGGAACCAACAGUCCUGCAUGCACACGGGCCACACUCUCUAUGCACUCUGGGACCGUUUGGACAUGGGCAGCCUGGUACCCGUGCUGUUUCUCCUCUUGGAAUACCCUGUCCUGCAACAGUCUGCCAAGAUCCUGACAGUCUGUCUAAUCGGUGGGAGUCAUUACAUGCUGCUGGAUGAGAUCUCGCACACCUUCCACGAAAGCGGCCAUGACAUGCACAUGCUCAUGCAGACAGGGAACCCUGUUAUCCGAGGCCUGGAUUAUGUUGGCCGUCCAAACAGCUAUAAGAUCAUCUCAUGGUCAGCCAGUGAGGCUUACAUCAAGGAGUACAAUGCGUGGUUUCUGGAGCAGCAAAAGGAGUUUCUUCUUGGCAGGUGUGGCUGA